AACGUAAUCCCUGCUAUUACUGCUGUAUAACUUUGAGCUUGUUGAAGACAGCCACUAGACGGAAUGUGCAAAGUAGAUACAUUUGUGUGUUUGUGUACUAAGCCUGAGAUAGUGCAUUCUUAUUUUACACAGCGUUCUAUAAUUUCACGAUUCCUUCGGUAAAGGUUACUACGGUAGACUGACCACAUCAUUCUCGGAUACCUUCGUUUUUUUCUAUUGACACUGACAACAAACGAAUCUUUUUUUUCUUUUACCUAGUCUUUUAUAAGAAGGAUUUGGGAGAGAAAGGAAAAUUGUGACCGUGAUGGCAAAGACAAGAGGUAUGGAGCGCUGCAGGAAUUAGUCGCUCGUUGUUCCUCGGUAUACAGCGCGCAGUGACCGUGCAGAGCAGGGUUUUUCUCCGCGGCACCUCGCAUUCCGCACCGCACGGAUUGUUCCCGGAGAGUGCUCCAUCCAGUGUGAUGACGUUUUGCCACUUUCUCAGUGGCCAUUGACGAGGGUAUUUCAAGGACUUAUAUUUCAACCAGCGUUCAGUUCUCAGCUCAGUUCAGUUUUCAGUGGCCUUUCGCCGCUGCUUGUCUUGAACUGUAACAAAGAGCGGGGACGCGCAUUCAUGGAAUGCGACUUCGACAGCUCUCCACUUCUUAUCUAUUGACUUUAUCAACGGGCAAGCGGGAACGUGCGAGUGAGUGAAGGAGAUGGCCGAGGUUCCAGACCCUGAGCCUUUAUCUGACCUGGACGUGGCGAUAGAUCCAGACUUCGAACCACAGAAACGGCCGAGAUCCUGUACCUGGCCGUUGCCAAGACCCGAGUCAAACGCGGGUAAACCGGAGAGCCAUGACACGGAUAUCAUACCGGAGGAAGAGGACGAUGAAGAGGACAAUGCCACUUCUAUGUGCAUCAAUGUCAAUGGCUCCAGCGUGACUGCGGAGGACCAGAGCAGCAGCAGUCCCGUAACAGAAGGACUGCUCGCCUCCCUCAGCCAGGAAAACGGAGGCUCCCCGCUUUCCUCUCACUCCCCCACGGCUACCUCGGGCGCUCUGAACACCAACGGUCCGGGAGCGCAGCAGACUCCUCGGAAGUCUUCGUCGCGCCGGAAUGCGUGGGGGAAUCUGUCUUACGCCGACCUGAUCACCAAAGCCAUAGAGAGCACGCCAGACAAGAGACUCACCCUGUCACAGAUCUACGACUGGAUGGUGAGAUGUGUGCCGUACUUCAAAGACAAAGGCGACAGCAACAGCUCGGCUGGGUGGAAGAACUCCAUCCGCCACAACCUAUCCCUCCACAGUCGUUUCAUCCGGGUCCAGAAUGAGGGAACAGGGAAGAGUUCCUGGUGGAUGAUCAACCCGGAGGGGGGGAAGGGAGGGAAGGCCCCUCGCCGCCGCGCCGUCUCCAUGGACAACAGCAACAAGUACACCAAGUCCGCCCGCGGCCGGGCAGCCAAGAAGAAGGCCGCUCUGCAGGCGGCGGCAGCAGCGGCCGGCGAGGGGGGCGGGGACAGCCCCUCGGGCCUCUCCAAGUGGCCCGGCAGCCCCACGUCGCGCAGCAGCGAGGAGCUGGACGCCUGGACCGACUUCCGCUCGCGCACCAACUCCAACGCCAGCACAGUGAGCGGGCGCCUCUCCCCCAUCAUCGCUAACCCGGAGCUGGACGAGGUGCCCGACGACGAGCCGCCACUCUCACCCAUGCUCUACUCCAGCCCCGGCAACGCCGCCGGUGCCCUGUCGCCUGGCAACGCCGGCGCCACGCCCAAUGGCAAGGCCCUGCCUGCCGAGCUGCCCAGGUUGGCGGACCUGGCGGGCACCAUGAACCUGAACGACGGGCUGACCGACGACCUGAUGGAGGAGCUGCUGGACAACAUAACCCUGGUGGCCCUGCCCCCUGCGGCCGGCGUCCAGCGAGGCUCAGCAGGCUUCGUGUUCAGCGGCAAGCCCUCCUCCAUGGGUCCGCCCUUGCCUGCCUCCCCCGCCUCCUCCACCUCCCCCGCCAACGGCGCCAACGGCGGCUACACCAACUCCAUCUUCGGGCCGCAUGCAGCAGGCUCGGCGCUCCGGCCCGCCCCCAUGCAGACCAUCCAGGAGAACAAGCAGACGUCCUUCUCCUCCAUCUCCCGCUUUGGCAGCCAGACCCUGCAGGACCUGCUCAACACGGACGGACACGUCCACAGCGAUGUCAUGAUGACCCAGUCGGACCCGCUCAUGUCGCAGGCCAGCUCCGCCGCCGUCAUCGCCCAGAAUUCCCGGCGAGGCCUGAUGCUGCGCAGUGACCCCAUGAUGUCGUUUGGCAGCGCAGUGGGUGGCCAGGGCGGGCUCCUGAACCAGAUCAACCACAACCAGGUGCCCAGAAGGUCCCUGAACGGGGUGCUGAACCACGAGGCCAGCAGUCAGGCCAACAGCAAGCAGCAGCUGCUCCACUCUCCACUGGGGGGGAACGGCUCGUCCUCCACCAUGAUGAUAGACUCCUCCCUCUUCCUGAACGGCACAGGGGGCGGGGGCAUCUGCCUGGGCCAGGAUCGCUUCCCCACGGACCUGGACCUGGACAUGUUCAAUGGGAGCCUGGAGUGCGACAUGGACUCCAUCAUCAAGAACGAGCUGAUGGAAGCCGACGGGCUGGACUUUAACUUUGACUCUCUCAUCAACAUGAACAGCUUCGGCAGCACCAAGCACGGCUCCCAGAGCUGGGUCCCUGGCUGAGGUUCACGCACUGGAGCGGGCAGAGCAGGUAUCCAAACUGUAGCAAAGAGAACAUCAGACACCAAACGUCCUAUCUGCCAAACCUGCCAUUAGCACAACAUAGAGGAAUACGACCCUGCCUGUUUACAAAUGAGAACACUACUCCUCACUCCCUUCUCUGACGGACCGUGGGCCCUGUCCCAGACCAACACUCACACCAUGUGGCGGCUCACCUCGGGCUUCCUCGGCUCCAGCAAAACAACACGAUAAACAAACUAGCAAGCAGGAUGUGAAACCAUCGCAGCAAACUCAUCUCAGAAUUAUGCAAUCUUCCUUUGAGACAAAAACAAUAACCACCACAAGACAAAUGUCCAUGGAUUUCAGAAAGAGACUGCUUACUGGAUGCAUGGGUUCCGGUAGGGUGAAAAGACUCAUGGCUAUCAUGGUUGGUUGUAGUGUACAGUGCACUUGUUCCUGUCGAAGAAAAAGAUAAAAGUACAAAAAAAGUGAUGUGUUGUAAAUCGAAUAACAGUGGUUCUCUGGGGUGUGUUACGUUUAAAAUCUUCCCUUUGUUUUCACUCACAGUGAUUUGAAAUGUUCCAUGUUUGUUUUUGGACUUCCUGUUUAGCGUCACUGUUUCCUCGGCAGCAUACAUGUCUAUGUGUUCAAAGUAUUGAUGAAAUGAUGAUGAAGACGAAGAGUGAGGGAAAAUAUCUGCACUCAAACAUACAAACCACACACACACACACACCUCGCCCCAAAUGACAAGACUCCAAAGCCCUUAGGGAGUGGAUCUCACAACACAAUGCACUUCAGCUCUUUAAUCGUUUUGUUAUUAAUGUUUAAAUAGUUUGAUUAGUUCAAUUUUAAACAACUUACCAUAUAUUGAAAACAACAUAUUAAUGAUACAAUUAUCCUAGUAUCCUAUCGAAUACUAUAUAGAGAGAGAUUGUUAUCUUUUGUGUGUAUCUAACUGUAAACAAAAAAAAGAGAAAAAAGAGAAACAGAUAGCAGGAAGUAGCCAUUGACCUCUUCGGCGCAGCACGGUCAUGAAGGAGGGAGGGGUUCAGUAGGGGAGGGGAUUAGGCUUUCCUAGCUAUUGGCGGGGUUCCGCCGAGUUUGUUUGACACAGCAUACUAUGUAGCCAAAAUAAAAAAACCUAUGUGCUAGCGUAGCAAACAUUUCCACGCCAUAAUGGGUGCUAUGUUGACAGUGUUGAGUCCAGGCCAUGGAUAACAAGACCUGCGUUUUUACCUGCAGGACUGCAGAACCUGGGACUGCAGCCGUAGCAUGGCAGGGGGCGGAAUCUAUAGAUGGAGGGGGGAGGUUGUACUUUCAGAUCCUCCCCCCUCUGGCGGCCACUCUUUCCUCUUGAACUAAAAACUAUAAGCUAUCUGUGUAUAAUUGCCAAAUUACUUGAAACAUGUACGUACAGUAGGAGAUGCUGGCAGCCAAAAACACAACACAAAAACACA